AUGGAGUUGCUUUACGCGAUUGUCGGGGAAAAUGUGUUUAAUUACGUCGUCCUCGCAAUUUUAUUAUUUUCGGUCCGAAAAACAUCUUCACCUCCAACCUCAAUUACACCUCCAGUUGAUCCAACUAUACAAAAACUCAAACAAGAUAUUUUAUCUCUGCAAAACGAAAUAAAUAAAAUGCGCACCGAGGCGGAAUGGAAAAGUGAAGCCCGAAGUGGAGGGCAAGCAUCCGCAACUAGCUACAGAUCCGAAUAUCUCGUUGAAAUCGAAACUCUCUGGGUCGAAUUUACCACCCUAUUUGACGAGAGAAGAAAAAGAGAAAAACGCUCUCCCACGAAAAUGUACAAUGUCCUGUCCGAAGAAAUAGGCUCAGCCCAUCCACACUUGCAAAAUUCUAUCAGCAUCAAAAAUCUCCUCAAAGAACUUCACUGA